GAGAAGCGAAGCUGUUGGCAACACGAAUAAUGUUUAUGCUCUGAGGGUUGCGUGUGUUUUGUUGUAGUAGUGUAUAUAACGCUAUUAAGUUUUACACCCCACCCACCUAAUUGCGUAAAAGACUAGAGCCUCUACGUCGUUCUUUACCGGAUGCCAGAAAGGAAAGCGAAGGCUUCCGUACUAGGAAAAGUCGCUCGGGUUGAGAGCGAUCGCCCGUCCUAGCGCUCCGAAUGCUGCCUUGAUGCGUUUGCCGUAUAGAUGGAUACCCUCCCUAGUUUUCGCCACUUGUUUGCAGUUGUGGUUCUUUUUGGUGCAAUACACGGGUCCUCCGAGUCGGAAGGUAAGGAGCUCGUGAUAACCGUUCCCUCUGGCAAAGUAGCACGGCGAGUGGAUGACGACCUGAACCUAACCUGCAAAGUCGCCUCUGAUGAAAGGUUCCACAUAACAUGGGCCAUUCCGCAGGACAAAGUGCGCCAGGCGCAUCGAGUCAAGAUAGAGUCUGAGCAUUUCAACGAAAAGACCGUGACCAUCUAUCAUCUGGAGGAACCCGACACCGGCUGGUACACAUGCGUCGCUCGUCAUCACGAUUCCAAUGUCAACCGAGCGUUCAACAGGACGGUCUAUGUGUCGGUGUCAACUUACGCAUUGUCUGGCAGACGGCCCUGCUACAACCAGUCAUUCGUGUGUGGCAACGGCUACUGCAUUCCGAAACGAUAUGCCUGUGAUGGUCACGUCGACUGUCACGACAGUUCUGAUGAAGCACCCAAGCACUGCGGUCCUGACCCUUGCGAGGACAAGGUGCUUUGUGAAGAUGGCCGCUGUCUGCCCCGCUCACUGUGCUGCGACCCUGCUACGCAACCGGACUGCCGAGUUACCUACGUGCUUCCUUGCUGCAAAAAGUACCUGGCCAGCAUAGCCAACACUACAGCAACACUAGUAGGUGUGCUGGCACGACCCCCGCACCAGCGGUUGGGUGCCAGCGUGGAGUACCUGCAGUCGUCGGUCUACACCGUGGUCAGUUGCGCGGUGGUCUUCAUCCUGGUUGCCACGGUCAUGGUGGCGGCCAUCUGCCGCAUACACAUGCGCCGGGCUGUCAUGGCGAGCCCCUUCCCUUUCGUCAGCAGCCACGCCGACCACCGUUGCCUUCCCUGGUGCCGGCCUCUGCAUCACCCAGUCACCUCAACGGGGAUGAGCUUUGGCGAAGGGAGCCCCGCAUCGUGCACGCACCUUGCGGGAGCCGACCUCCGGACUGUGACAUGCGCCCAUGGCAGCUACGUCGUCGCCACGUACAGCAGCAGUGGCACACCGGGCGGUCGACCCAAGCUGCACUUCCUCCAGCAGCUUCCCAAGCCCCCCGAGUACUCACCACUCGCCCAGGGUCCACCGCCGCCCUACCAGAGCACCGAGCAGCUUGCCACGGCCGGCAACAAGGAGCCCUCUGCCGGGAUGCCAGAGAUGACCGCUGCUGACUCCUCGGGAGUCGUGGCACCCGGCUCGUCCACCUCCCACCCGUGGCCUUGCCACCUGUGGCCGCGGGACGAGUCGCCGCCGCCACGCUUCUCCUCCCUGCAGGACCUAAGCGAGUGCGAAGCCCAGUGUCUGCUGCCCGCAUUCGAGGAAGCUGUGGCAUCCGACAACCGUUACGACACGGACGCCGCUGGUUUCCGUGGAGCACCUUUCCAUGACGACCUCGCAUUUGCUGGCACACGGGAGGAGCCGUUUUCAGGUUCCUCCUCCAACUGCACUCUAGCCGCUGGCGGUGGGGGCAGCAUUGGGUUUCCAGAAGCAUCCAACAGUGUCGCCACGGGUACACCCUUUCACGAUGCAUCGUUUUCUCUUGUGCCAGCAUGUCCAACUAGAGCAGAGGAUUCGGCAGUUUCCGAUUCCCAGGGGGCCUCUUCAGGCGGAGCGAGUGGGCACAGCAGGUGCCGAGAAUUUGUGAACCCUGAGCAAAGGGCAUCCACUUGAUGUCGAGCUUCGCGGAAGGGAGGAUGAUGAUUGCGGCUGGCUGUGGGCGUUACUGCAACUUAUGUGAGCCCUUUGUCUUUGAGUUUCGACUAUAGAGAGGCCUGCUUUGCAGGGUUUGCUUGGAGCUCUCGUUUCGCUAGUUUUCAUCCACGAAUUGCGCGUUAUGUGCCUUGCAGCAGGCAGUUUGCCAAGAACAUCGGGCAAACUUAAAUGUUUCAUGCACACGAUAGGUGCACUAGCACUUGACGAUGCUUAGGUCUUCGACAAAGUUAUAUGCUAGAGCUGGUGUUGCUAUGUAAGAUAUGCGAGUGCUGAACUUAUGAGGGCCUGUAUGGAUAUGCUGGCUCAAAGCAGCAGACGAACACAGUGUCAGAGGUUGUAAAGAGCUGUCAGUGGUCGGAAGUUUUGGAGACAAACAUGAACUGGACUGAAUGAUGCUUAAUUUUGGAGGUGCAAAGCUUGGAUCAUGGCACUGCGUGGCCCUUAUGCAUCUGUUAGCAUCAAGGCUUAGACAAAUGUUCCCUGAUCAGAGAGGGAGUGCAAGGUAUGUUUGCUUUUACGCUGUCGAUGAUACCACACUACGAUGUGUUGCGUUUGUUUUUGAAGGUUUCUCGAGUUGCAUUGGCCACCAGUAUACAUGACUGACUUGGUAAACUGACACUGGAAAAAUGUGCAAGCCACAAUGCACAGUAUCUCUACAUAAUUAGCCAAAAGAAGCCAAUGUGCAGUUAUGUCCCAGAGAUAGUCAAGGUGGCAGGUAGGCUGCAUCACUAAACUGGGUUCUGGAUGUACUAGUGAUCUGUAGGCACAUCAGGCCCUUGCACCACUAGUUAAGAAGUUCACCUAUUCAGUGUGAAGUCGGAUAAUGUGUGUGCGAGUUGUACUAUGCAGGGAUUCUUUUAAGUAUUCUUGCUUCUUUUCUAGAGUGAUUGUUUUUGCUUGAAUUGAGAGCUUUUAGUAUUUUAACUGUAGAUUCCUUUCUAUCACCGGGUUGCAAUGUGGAAGGCCCGUGUUUCCAGUAUUGAAGCCUAGGGGUGGUGACGAGAGAGUUAGAAUGAACUUUUCUUCAAGAAAACCUGGUCUGGCUUCGGCUGCUUUAGAAAGGCACGUAAGAAGUGAAACGCACCACUGCUUCGUAGUUAUACAAUAUUGUGACCUGAGCAGUUGACAGUUUUGACUGCAACUCUUUUCAACUUUUAACAUUGUCUGUCGCACUUUCUUUUUUGGGGUUGCGCAUUAUAACUUGUUAAUGUUUCUUGUAGCCGUGUUCAUUGCUACUAAUAUGUGAAACUAUUUUCUCUUUUUUUCGUGUAUUACAGUGCCAAUUUGGACAUUCCAAAUGUCUUUAUGUAGAAUUCAGGUAACUACUCUGUUUCUUAAUACGCUGUUUGUGAUUUGCAGUUGUGUAUGUAUGGUUUUUCUUUUUUUCAUUGACCCUUGUUCACCUAUGCGAGUUGCUGAUUCUUACACUGGGGAAAUCCCUACUUAUAGCUUGUCUCAGAAUAUGUGAAACCUUUUUUUCUCGUGUAAGAUAUUACCUGUCACUUGAGAUGUGCAUUUAAUCGAGCCACCAAGCUCAUAGCCACUUUUACAUUUUUAACGUGCUUACUCUUUAAUUCAGCAAAAACUCCCUGUCACCUGAACAGUGCAUCUAACGGCAUAGAAUGUUGUCGUGCUUAUAUCUUCAGAGCUCACAGGGGCUACUUGCAUCGUAUUUGCAAUACGCAUGGUCUGAAGCGUGAAAGAGAUACAACGUGAAGAAAAUCAGGAUAGCAUGGUAAACCAGGUAAGUGUGACCUUCUGGUUUGAGAUUUGCCUGUUAACAAGGCAUAUUAUAUGUUCUUUUGGUAAUAAGCUUAAAAAAUGCUGUGCCAACAACUUUUGAAUGCCAUGCUGUAGGAUAACAUACGGUUAUGUCUGUGACCUUCAAUUCUUAAUGAUAUAGUCCACCAACUGGCAAUGUAAAGCUUAAUCUGCAGACGUUUCUUUUUUUUUUUUACCCUGCGAGAGUCUAGGGCCAUGAACAUGUUCUAUGUGCUUAUAGCUCACUUGAGUAAACCUUCUCUCACAGCAGUGAGCUUAUUACUGCAUAGAUUUUUAGUUUGAUGUAGCAUGGCUACCGUACUGGAACUGUUGACAAAAACUGCAGAUUGCAUUUAAAGCUUAUUCCGGCAUUGAGGUAUUGAUGCUGUUUUGGGUGCUCUUUCCAGAGCAUAAUUGUGCUGGCAUCUAGUUUUUAUGCGUCAACCGAUAUGACGAGGCCAGUUUCUUGGCAGCCGUUCUUGAGUAGUGCUGUUAAAUUGAGUCGGGAUACCAGAACUAUGUCGGCCUAUGGAAAAGCGCAGGCUAUUUUCUGCCACUGGACGUAGCAUUUUGUUUGCCCACUCUCAACACAGUUGGGAGAAGUAGUUGUUUGUCUGUGACGUGUCUCUGUUCUCACAUCAAAGUGGGCUCAUCAUGCCACGACAUAUCAGCUAGUGUACAAAACCCACAGGAAGUGGAAAGUCUCGCAGAGAGGUUUGGCAUGGGACAAAAAAGAUAAGAAACUUUCGAGACUGUCACUUUCACAGUGCUCCGAUUGACUAACCAGUAGACAGGAAUUGAAUCAAAAGAACUCUCAAUUGUUUCUGUUAGCACCACUGUUGCACCAAAAAUUUGGAAUGCAUUGUCAGGAUUGUCAGCAAAAGUAUCGGGGCUUUAAAGAAAAUCCUGCUUGGUGUCGAGGCUGAAUGUCAUCUCCAUUAAAAACGCGAAAGGGGUUGAUUGAGAGCUGACAGCCUUACGAAUGAGGGAGGAAAACGCACUCGAAGCAACGGCGUCCAAGUGGCGCCGGCGACACAUGGGGCAAAGGUGUUUCGUGCAACACCCCACAGCUGCUCUCCUCACUUUCUCUUGCUCACACGUUUUUCACCAGGUAGCCUAAAAGCAGCAAUAUGUUUCUGCCGCGGGGAGAAAGGGAUAGCUUUGUGCCAAAAAAAAAAGAACCACGAGAGCGCUGCUUCUUUUUCUGUCCUCUGCCCGUCCAUUGCAUGUGAAAGUAUGUUUCGGACACUGGCACAGAAUGCAUGCUUUGCAGAUUGCUGCGCGUAGCAUGUUUUGGAGGAGGCUCUCCUCUCGGAGGCGUGUUUGCUUUUUUUCUUAACUUGGGAGCUCUUUCCGAGCUUAUUUGCGCACUCACCUUCAUGCUCACAGAGCUCCUCUGAAACUGUUCGGAAAAAAGAAAGCGCUCAUUAUGCUGUGAACAGACUGUAUGGUGCGGCCCUUGCAUAGUCGUGGUAAAUUGGUGCCACGAAUAAAGAGGCCAGCACUGCAAAACUCUGGAAUUUCAUUCAUAAGGACGAGAUGACUUGCUUGGAAGCAGUGCAACUGCUUUCGCAGCAGGCAUGCCAUAACUUCAUCGUCAGAUGUUUUACAUUAGUAUAUAUGCCAUCCAAGUACAAUAGCAGCGUACUUCUGAUCAGUGUCGUUUCGCCGCCUGCGCCACUGUAAGCGUUGGUUCUACUAUGUAUGCAAGACCAUUUUAGAAAAGCGAACUCUGGAGGAGAGCCUCCUCGGGCUGUUGCCUCCCCACUUUUUCUGGUUGUGCUUCAAAACAAGUUCAAAGUGAACAACAGUUCAUAACCUUUGAAUAGUAGCAGUGUGCGGCUCAUAUGCUACUUUCUCCUUCCCCUGAUGAAGUAAAAAGUAAGAAAGAGCUGCACUGCACGGUUAUAUUUUACGAGCACAUGCAGAUGGAGCGAUGUUUGUGUCUUAGUUUCCUGGUUACAGCUGUACUACCACUGGUAAGUAGCUGCUGCACUUGAAUAGGGUGUGUCUGUUUGUGUAUGCAGUUGGUACGUGUGUUGUGCAACUCGAUGUGUUUGUGCGUAAUAUUCAAGCAGGCAUAUCCCUUUGUACCGGCAUAUCAAGGAUCGCCUUGUGUGUGUGUGUGCGCAUGUGUGUGUGUAUACGUUAUCACUGGCAAAAAGCUCAGACUGAAUUCCUGCCACACAGCUUUGCUUUUAUUGGGGUUUGUGCUUUUUGCUCUGCUUGGGAAUGGUGGCGUUUCGCUGCGAGUUGCUUCUGUUUGGGCCGCGAGAGGACUGUAGAGGAACACGGCAGCUCGCUUCAGCAGCGCAGUUGUGUACCUGUCACUUGCUGCUGUAUGCUGCAGUAUGUCCAUAAGCACUUGUUGCAGCUAAAAUGUUACACUGUGUAAUGCAUUUACACAUUGCACAGUGAUACACUCUCAUAUUUUCUUUUUUGGCCUUAUUGACCCCUUUCUUUUACAAGUUUAAGUUAAAAUGAGGAAUGGUGCUUUGAUCAUGAGCUGAACAUUCAUAGUUCGGCCAGCAUUUGCACUGAGUGUUAAUUGCAGAGGUCCCCCACCCCUAUCAUUUUAUAUCUUCUGCGAAGAAAUGCGCUACAAAAAAAAAAAAGAAAAAAAAAAAGAAAGCAGCAAGAACUGAAAGUAGCUUGUGCUCCCGAACGAAAAAGGCACUUUGUCAGUGUUGACAUGAGUAUAAAUGUGGUGUUUUUGAAGCAAAAACAUCUUAAACAAUCACAGGCAUGUCUAAUUUUUCAAAGACCUCUGCAUGAGAAUUUUACGUUACAAGAGACGGAAGAGAUGGCAGAUAAGUAGAAGUUGGGAGAUGGAGGAGGCAGAGUCAUGAGAUAUUGCUUAAAUGUAAGCAUACAACCCUCAUGUGAGCUAGUAAGCUUUGCUUCAUCUUUUGGUCCAAAACUACUUUACGAAUGUCUGUACCAAAAAUAUUCUCAUUGGUUUAUCUUGUACAGUUUCUUUUUCCCCGGAGAUUGUAUGCAUGAGUGAAAAGCCAUGAUUGUGAUGACAUGGAAGGAUUACCUUAGCAGCUUACGUAAGGAACUAAGUCAUUUUUUUUUAAUCGGCAGUGCUUGAACAGAGCAAGACAUGUCGCGGGAGGCAAUUUUUCCCAAUGAGGACUGGUUUUCGCCCUUACUAAGACAAAUCUUGUUCCGGUAUUGUUAAUUACUUUUAGUUUCUUUCUCCCUGCAAACAUUUGUCUUGUUUAAGUGCCAUCUUGACUUGUGACAGUUGGCCAGUUGCCUGUUGCUCUACGGUCCUUCAAGGGAUAUUGUGAAAUUAUUGUGAACGGGGCACUUGCAUUGUUAAAACACUUGUUAAAUGCACAAUUUCUCUUUUGCUCACUAUUCUGUGUCCCGUAUCGGAGAUGAUGGCCAAAGCUGAGGCAUCGGGGGCACUGCAGGUAGUGCGGUAGGUGGUUCUGGGAAGAAAGGUCAUUCAAAUCUUGAAGGUGCUCCUGUACUGUUGCAUUUUAGGAGCUUCGUAUAGGUCUACUGGAAAUCAGGCUUUCCAUGUCCCAAACUAGAAAAUCCGCCAAAAAUGUUCCAGCUGUGGAUUUGAGGCAGCCAACUUAAGCCUAGGAAUACGAGAAGUAUAAUGAAUUCAUGACUGUCGCGAAGAAAGACGUGCUCAUAUAGGAGGCUGAUUUUGCUUGCCUAUGGCAGUUGGUGAUUUGUAGAUUGAUGAUGCUGGUUUAUUGCUUUUCUGGCUAGCACCAAGCGACAAUAAACAAUCGUGACAACACCUGGCAACAUAAGCAAGACAUUGUCUACUUGCUUCGGUCAUUCAUCCAGUGCUUCUGUAAUAAGUGGCACCAACCCGAAGCAUAAAACAGUGGCAGUCAAAUUUCAGUAGAACUAAAUCUAUUCGGGACAAAAACACAUUGUACUUGGUGUUUGUUUUAAGCAUAUAUGGGACCAUGUGGCCAAACCUAUUGAAAAGAGAUUAGCCAGUGCGCCUGACUCACAGCUCUGGUCAGAUAAAAAAAGUGCAGCGUUGCUUCUUAGUGCCUUGCUGCUGUUGCGAGCGCAGUUGUUUUUUUUUUCCCCUUUCAAAGAGCGCAGCCUCCAAGCUUGGCAUUUGAGCACAGAUCCCUGUGAUGCGGGCUGCCACACAAUUAUGCAAUGUACGUGCACCCAACAGGAUGUACUUUUUCUCAAUUGCCAAUAUCGUAUUUUCUCUAUAUAUAGUGUUGUCGUUUCUGGCCGCGGUCCAUUUGUGCGAAGGUGCGGCGACUAGUUGUGCUCGUGCCAGACUUUUCUGAUGCCCCCCCUUCAGUGCCAAAGUGUUUUACCCUCGUUCUAGCUGUUCUUGGGAGUUGCACAAUAGCUCUUACUCACUGUAGGUUAGCAUAGUGUCGCUCCUGGCGUUUGCCACACAAGCAUGCUGCUUGCUGCUGAGUUGUUAAUAACCAGGCAACAGCAUUGGCUGCUCAUCGCAAAGGUUGUCGCUCCUUGAAGGUGAAAAAUCCAGGAUAUCUGAGGAACGUUACUUUUAGCCGCACCCAGGGUGGUUGUAAUGAGACUCUUGUUCUUAUUUAAUUUCCUCUUUAAGCCUGCAUUGCCAGUGGCAGUUUCACUUGACAGGCUAGUUUCCAAGGAAAACGCACUGUUUCAACAGUGACAUUUCAACAGCACAACAGUGUCAUUGCUGAAGUGCCGUGCAGUUGUGAUGGGUAUGUAGAGUAUUUUGUACGAAAUGUGCUUUGUCACUGUGAGCACGUAACACCAUUUAUGCAUUUAUGAAAUGUGUCGUGCGUGUCAUUAAUUGCCUUGAUAUUUACCUGUGAGCAGAAAUUUGAAAGAAAAAUGAAGCACUUGAUGCCUCCAUUUCUUGUAUAAGCAUUUGCUAAGUAUUACGGCAGUGGUGCUGAUAUGUGUAGCCAGAGGAACAAAAAUGGAGACUUUGCAUGGCCUGGUACAAUGUUAGUGACAAAUUGUACUUUUAAACGUUACAUAUUUGGUGGCCCGAGAACAAUGGCAGGAGUACCAUCUUCCACCAUGGGUGCGGAAUGUUUAGAGUUCAGUUAAUGGUCAUCUUAGAGAUACUUCGUUUGUACUUGUAGGUUGUAAGCCAGACUUUUAAAACGACCUUGCUCCUUGGUACGGGGCAAUCACGGUGGCUUUUCACCACCUGUGGAAGGCUCACUUUUGACCAUCAGUAGACAGUGUCCUUUGACCUCAUUGGCUGCUUGAUCUAGAAUGCUCUAGAGUUAUUUUUCAUCUUGCCCUUCGUGCUGGGGCAGUUCACAGCGAAGAGUCUAUAGUUCCUUCUAGUGCCUCAGAGCCAAGCACCAGCCGAUGCAGCCACUUUGCAGCGAUCGAGCCAUCCUGCUGUCCAAGUGCUCAAAAAAACUUGUCAUCGGUUCUUGUCCUCCCCACCGUUUGUUUGUGCAUUGUCGUAGCUCAGUCGUAACGUCUCCUGAAGAGCUGCUUCUCCGUUGUUACUUUUGUUUGUUCACUGAAGAUACCUGGCUUCAGUACAGCCUGGAUGACUUUGUGCUCUAUUAAAGCGCAGUCGAAAGCUUACUCCGAUCAUAGCACCUGUGCCAUGGCAGGGAUUGAGUGUUUGAAUUGCCACCUUGAACCAAUGCACACUUCCCAGACGCAUGCACCUAUGCUGAAAUUUGUGAGUAGAUUGUUCUAAGGGGUCAUUUUGAAGGACUGCGAGGUAGCAGAAAGGUGUCCAGGUAAAAGGCUAAUUACUGUAGCAAUGUGUACUUUGCAGCGCGACAGCAAAGUAGCUCGCUUUCUGACGCACAUCACCAGGUGUUUGCAAAAGACAGGAUACUGAAACCUGCGUCUGCUGCACUAUGAUGAAUUAAACCUUCAGACUUUCUUUUAGAAGCAGCAGUUUGCGAUCUUCAGGAGUACAUGUAUGACGGCUGCAUUGCCCUACCUGUUUGUGUGUCGGAUCAGCCACUUGUUAUUCCCUUGAACGCCCACUGUCGUAGUCUGGAACUUUCCUGUAAGCGUCCAGAUGCGGUGUUAUGUCGUGGUUCCUUUCGAGUGACCUGACUUUCUUUUGCAAACGAUGCAGCAUUUUCUGCUCAGGGCUCAUUUCGCAUUGUUUGGCACUGUGUAAAUAAAUACAGGGCCUGCAGUAUGCCCUUAAUACACAUGAGCAUCACAGAGCUUUUCACUGUUUCCGUUGUAUGAGUAAUGUUGUAAACCGUGUGAUGUGACACCUGUUAUACUGGCUGCCUGGAGCACUGCUCACCCUAUGUUGUGUGUGCAAGUGUGUGUGUGUUGUGAUUUAUGCCGGCUUGUGAAAUGUGUCGCGGCAUACAUUCUUGUUCUUUCUGCCCUUCGGGAGUACUUCGAGAAGAAAAGACCAUCGAACUUGUUCUCUCGCUGAGUUACAGGUGUACUUAUUGCUUAGUCCCGUACGCUAGCGAUGCACAUCCCAGCCAAAUGCAGUCAGUGAUUUGCUAAUGCAACAGCAAAUCCACUGUUGUUCAGCUCGGAAAUAGUUUGUGAAAGUGUGCCUGCUAGUUGCUUUCACUCUGUUCCAUGAUGUCACUGCAGAGAUAAUUCGUUCGUCAAUGUCUCUGUUGAGCUUUGUUUUGGGUUUCGGAGGCUCAAAGUGCAAAUGCAGCGUGAUUUUAUGGUUGUAACUGGUAUAGAUUCCUUGGGUUAUUGCCAAAUAUGGAGUCAUGCGUUAUGCCUGCCAUAGUGACUUAAAGUUGCUGUGCUGUGUGGUGAGAUACAUGAAGGAUUUGGAGUGCUGUUGUGACAUGCAGAGCCAUUUAUAUUCAAAAUUCCUUGGAAACUGCAGGAUGAUAUGCUGCCUUGUGAAAAAGCUGGCUUGCAAAACUUUGUUGCUAUAGGCCGUUUUUGAAGGUGUUGCACUCCAUGCAAUUUGUAAUUAUAUUUCAUCAUGUGUAUGGCGAUACACUGGCCUUAUUUUGCCAUAACGAUCGGAACCGUUUCACUGUUGUAAUUAGAUUAUCGCCGUGGUGUUGUUGAUCGCAUGGUCAACAAUUUACACCCAGAAUGUUUUGCAAGCAAGCUCCUCCACGAGGAAAGACCCAUAUAUCUUGCUCACACCAUGACCACGGCGGCAUGGAUGGAAUUUUGAAUGUCUCAAAGCCAUCUACUUUAAACUUGGCAACCUGUGCCGGUCGCGGAAUUGCGCGUUUGCCGGUAAAAUCAAAGUAUUUAUACUCAUACCUUUGGUUGGUGUACGCAAUGUACUUGGUGUGCGUUUAACCCCCUUCAGCCGCGUGAUUCCUUCACGGUAAAAACACAGCUCCAUGAAUCGCGUGCAUUCAGUGAAUCAACUCUUUGCUCACAUGCUGUACAGUAAUGUUAUAAUGCGCUUUUGGGCUCUGUACCUUAUCAGUCUUCUGCAAGAGAGUUGUUGAGGCCUUUUCUUUCAAAAUAAAUAUAUUAUUGUGCUGA